AUGCUUGCAGCCUGUCAACAUUUGAUUUCGCUUUCCAAAAGUGAACUGGUUUCAUUGUCAACACUUUAUCAUUGCAUCAACCACCCAAUCAACGUUACCAUCAUAAUUAAUUCAUGCAUCCGGAGGAUCGAGGAGAUCACGUUCACAAUCAACUAUGUGGAGCGCGUCAAGUCGCACGCCUCCCGAUUCCGAAUUACCAAGAACAGUCUAACGCCUGCGCCCGGAAAACUGGAAUCUCAUGACAUUCAACACGAUCUUCGCAAAGAUCACGAGGAGGUUGACGAGUUUUACUCCAAUUUUCCGGGGUAUGGAAAAGGUGGAAAGGAGGAUCAAUGGAUCAAAGAAGUUGACGUGGAGAGUGCCAGCAAGAAGAAAGAGGAGGUUGGCGACGUGUUGAAAUUGGGCGCGGUUGACAAGUGUAACCAUCCGGUUGUGACAUACUUGGCUGUCAGAUGGUCAUUGAAAGAGGCAACUUAUAAAGCACUAUAUCCACAUCAAAGGAUUACAUGGAAAGAUCUUUCGGUGAGAAAAGUUGAAGGAAAACCCUCUUUGAUUAUAAGCAAAGAAUUUCAACGGAAAAAUUUAUUCAAUAUCACCAAAACCCAUUCGUCGAUUUCACAUGAUGGGGAGUAUGUCGUUGCGCAG